AUGGACUGCAUGCGCGAUGGCUUCGAGCAAGGCAAACUAUUGGGAGUGCGCUUUUUAACCGUCGCUCCUCUCAACCAUGGCUCCUUCGGCAUGGUCUUUAUCGCCGAAGAUACCGUCACCGGUUGCAACGUCGCCAUCAAGUGCAUCACCAAGACCGACGCCAUCCAAGGCUCCACCUGUCCCGCUGCUAUUGCUACCGACGACCGCUCAGAGGAGCUCGCUAUCCACUCCAAGCUGCCUUCCCACCCGAACAUUGUCAACCUGAUCCAUCACUUCGAGUCUGGAGCACACCAGUACAUGGUCUUGGAGCUGUGCAGCAAUGGAGACUUGUACGAGGCCAUCCGCAGCGGCCGCGGUCCUUUGGAGACGGAGCAUGUGCGUUCGAUCAUGCUCGAGCUUAUUGAUGUCGUCGAUCACAUGCACUCACAUGGUGUCUUCCAUCGUGACAUCAAGCCCGAGAACAUCUUCCUCACCGCGGACGGCACGAUGAAGCUCGGUGACUUUGGUCUGGCUACUACUGAGACCUGGUCGACUGAGUUCGCGGUGGGCUCCGAUCGCUACAUGGCCCCGGAACAGUACGAUGCUUCGGUUUAUGGAUACGGCUACUCUCCUGCUGCCGCGGACCUCUGGGCUUUCGGCAUUGUUCUGCUCAAUGUUCUGUUCCAGCGCAACCCUUUCGCUGCGCCAAGUGCAAAGGAUGUUGUCUUCGCUGAUUUUGCUCGGGAUCGCCAGAACUUGUUCGACUUCUUCCCCAAGAUGUCGCAAGACACCUACGACGUUCUGACCCACUGUCUUUCUCUGGAUCCUGCCAACCGUUCACUCGGCGCCGUGCGGGAGGCCUUGAAGAGUGUGGUCAACUUCACCACGGACAGUGAGACGUUGGACGAGUUCUGCAAUGAGCAGGCUGACUGCUUCCCUACUGCUGGUCGUGAGCCUCUGCGCACACCUUCGAUUAGCAGCCCCGCUAUGAACGGAGACUCCUUCCCGUGGCAGUCUGCUCUUCACACCACGCCGCAGAAGGCUGAACGCCAACUGUCGACCAUGUACGAGGAGGAGCCCGAGCUAUUCCCUGGGUCUGUCAAGAGUGGCAGCUGGCAAUACGCGGACAACGACGUAUCCUCUCUGGCUUCCAACCUCGACUCCGGUCUCGGCAUGUCGUACAAGUCGAGCAAGUCGGUCAAGUCUUCUGCGACCAAGGGCACUUCCAGCUUCUUCCCGGGCUCGCUGCCCAUCAGCUUCUCGCGUCCGGCCAACAAGUCUCCUUACAGCACUAACGGCACUGGCUUCUCUAAGAGCUGGAGCGACUUGUGGGAGGAGGAUAUGGAGAUGGAACAGCAGGGCCGCUCGUCUUGGGAGUUGGAAGAGGACAACAUGGAGGACGUCAACCGUGUCGACACUAUCAAGCCAAGCACUCCUCAGCUCCGCACCAUCAAAGAAGACGAGCGCCAGGGCAGCUUGACGCCGCGGCCAGCUCUUGCCGACGCCGACCUCAACACUCGCUCCAUGAGCCCGCUUAGGAAGCUAGUCGAGCACGACAAGGCCAAUCCGGAGUCGCCAAAGCAACGUCAAGCCUCCGCCUUCGAUCGCUGGACGUCCCUUGGCAUUAAACGUCGCGCUGCCCAAGGAAGCACUUCCGGCACCACGACGCCGACUCAGGCUGCCCCAAUGCCGACCCCGAAGAAGGCCGCCACGCCAAUUCCAGCGAAGACAAAGUACUCCGACGCCUUCGCCAGCUUCACCACCUUCGGCAGCAGCAGCAAGAAGCAGAAGUCCUCAUCCGGUUCCCGUGACCGCGCGCUGGACUGGCGUCAAGGCAGCCCGACUCGUCUCCGCUCGACUUCCGUCAACAAGAGCCAAGUCUGGGAGCGCAAGGGCGGCGAGAUCAGCCCAACGCACACAUGGGAACGCGACAACAACUGGCGCGCGCACAAGGCGAAGAAGUCUCCUGGCCUCGGAGCAACGACUCCUGAACAGCACGAGCAGAACAAUUUCCUUAAACCCGGCGUCGACGAUGAUGAGCCGGAGUGGGUCGGUGGAUGGCGGGAUUUCCGCCUCUGA